GCAUAAAAACAAGGAAAACAGCACGCAUAUUGCAGUACGGCGCUAUGCGUUGAAAUUUUAAAAUUCGUACUCAUAUCCGUUUUCAAAAUAAGACAGUCGCUGAAAUUUCUAACUAAAUUUCGUCAAUUUUCACCCAAGGGGUCCCGGGAAGACAUUUACUGAUGACUUUCACCAUUUUUGAUUACUAAAAAUACUUGCUUACUCAAACUUUUUUCACCGCUCAAGACGAAGAUUUGUUGAUAGUUUUAUUAACUCUGUUACCAAGGCUGUACAUUGCCAUUCAAAUCUGUCCAAUUUGUUUUUUUAUGUUGGUAGUUUCUUUAUCUGAUUCCAAAGAAGUUCCGCUGAAAAAUUUCCUCGUAUGCAGUUUGAUUUCAAAUUCCAAACCCAAAAUAUCUUCGAUGGAUUGUUGUAAUAAGAUAGUUAUUCUUAAGGGUUACAUGAAAAAAACUUAAGUGUUGCUACUCAUUCAAGUAACAAGUUAUAAAUUAGCACUAACUUAUUCCCACGUUAUACACGCAUUUGACAUAUAUUGUUUGUACUCAAUUGUAUUAUAAUUUUGUUGGUUAAUAAGUUAUUGAGCGAGAAGGGAGUGGCGAUGGCACCUGCAGGCGGAAAACCUAAAGAUGACCCCAUGCUGAUGUCACUAGUGAAACAACCAGGCGUUACAUGCUGGAGAAUUGAGAAGAUGGCGUUGGUGAGAGUGGGGGAGAAGGAGUGGGGAGUGUUCUACGAGGGGGACUCCUACAUAGUGAUAUGCAUUAAGGAGAGCAGGGGCAGACAACUCAGCUUCAACAUACACUUCUGGCUGGGCAAGAACACUUCUGUGGAUGAGUCGACAGUGGCUGCGUACAAGACGGUGGAGAUAGACGACACUCUGUUAAGUGGGGCGGCAGUGCAGUACAGAGAAGUGCAGCAGAGUGAGAGUGACAUGUUCCUGUCCUACUUCUCCACCACUGGUGGCAUAUUCUACAGACAGGGCGGAGUGGACACUGCACUCAACAAGGUGAGUGAUGAGAGCAGGGCGCGUCUUCUGCAUGUGAAGGGGAAGAGGAGAGUGCGAGUGAGUGAGGUGCCCCUGAAGUGGGAGUCAUUCAACUCGGGUGACUCAUUCAUUGCCGACAUCGACAAGGACUUCUUCGUGUGGAAUGGCAGGGCUUGCAACAAGAUGGAACGCAUCCAGGCAAUGAAGACGGCGGUGAUGAUGCGUGACAAUGAGAAGGCGGGAAGUGGGAAGAUACACGUGGUGGAGGAGACGGACUACUGCCCCAAGGAGAUGGAGAGAGUACUCGGAAUCAGACCAGCGCAGCUCAAUCCACCCAUACAAGUGACAGCGGAUGACUCAUACGAAGAAGAGGAAGACAGGAAGAAGAUGAAGUUGUUCCUGGUGUCCGACAACUCCGGCUCCCUCCUCCUCACUGAAGUGGGCUGCUCGCCCCUCAAACAGAAGCUGCUCAGCUCCAAAGACUGCUUCAUCCUCGACACUUGUGCAGGUGUAAUUUAUGUCUGGAAGGGAAAAUUUUCAAGUCAACAAGAGAAAAAAGGUGCCAUGAAGAACGCCAUGGCGUUCAUCAAGACGAAAAAGUACCCGACCGAAACUAGAAUUGUGGCCGUGGUGGACGGAGCCGAAUGUACCGAGUUCAAAUUCCACUUCCAAGACUGGCGUGACAAAUACGGGCAAGUUGGAAUGGGCAACACGUACACACGUGGAUCAGUCGCGAAGAUUAAUAAUCAGACGAAGUUCGACGCCGAUAGUUUACUCGCGAAGCCCGAAGUCGCGGUCGAAACCCGAAUGGUCGACGAUGGUUCCGGAGAAGUCAAAGUUUGGGAAGUUCAGAGAAAAGAAAUAGUCGAGGUCGAGCCUGAAUUACACGGUCAAAUGUUCGCAGACGAUUGUUACAUAGUUCAGUAUACUUACAGGGCUCAAGGAUCUCAAAAGUAUAUUUUGUACUUUUGGCUGGGUUCGCGAAGUUCUCAAGAUGCCAGAGGAACUUGUGCUCUGAAAACUAUCGAGCUCGACGACAAACUCAAUGGCGCAGCAGUGCAAGUUAGAGUGGUCGAAGGUAAAGAACCGAACCACUUUUUGUGUUUGUUUAAGGGUAAACUGAUAAUCUACAGAGGCACUAAAAAAGGCGGCGGUUUGAAACAAAUUGACUCAACUAAGACAGCAAAUCUAACUAGAAAUCAUCUGUUUCGAGUCACAGGCGAUAACGCAAUGAAUACGAAAGCAGUUGAGGUCGAAUGCACUGCUAGUAAUUUGAACUCAAAUGACGCUUUUAUUAUCAAAACAAAGAAAGCACUUUACAUCUGGUUCGGGAAACUUUGCAACGGCGACGAACGAGAAAUGACCCGAGUGGCGAGUCGGAUUCUGUCGGGAAGAGACUACGAGUUGAUUGUCGAAGGUAAAGAGCCACAUGAGUUUUGGAUCAAUUUAGGCGGGAAAGCAAACUAUACAAAAGUCCGAGAAGACCAACCAUUCGCGGUCGAGCCUCGACUGUUCCAAUGUAGUAAUGCAAGUGGAACGUUCAGAGCCGAAGAAAUUGUCGGAUUCAUUCAAGAAGAUCUCUGCGAAACUGAUGUUAUGAUUCUAGACGCUUGGUUCGACAUAUAUGUUUGGAUUGGUAAUGGGGCAAACAACGAGGAAAAGAAAAAAGCUCCUCAAUUAGCCUUAGAGUACCUCAAAAAGGAUGCCGCUCGACGCGACCCAGAUACUGCGGUGUACAGUUUCAAGCAGGGAUUCGAACCCUUGACGUUUACUGGAUUCUUUGUAGGUUGGGACCCCUCGCGGUUCCUGACAUCUGAGAAAUAUGUCCAGAUGAAGGGUCAAAUGAAAGGACUCAGCAGUGAUCAAAUUGAAUCCGAAAUUAAGGUUUUGAAUUCAAGCAAGGCUGAGAACAAUUUAUCGGAUGUGAUCUAUACGUACCAAGAGUUGAUUUCUGGACGUCCUUUACCCUUUGAUGUUGACCCUGGAAACAAAGAAUUGCUUCUGUGUGAUGAAGAAUUCGUUCAGAUAUUUGGCAUGAACAAAGGCGAGUUCGGCAAGAAACCAAAAUGGAAACAGACUGAAUUGAAGAAAAGGGCAAAGCUGUUUUAAGUGAAUUAUAAUAGAGCAAUCUCUUCAGUAAAGUCAAACAGCAAGAAGCCAAAACGAAAGAAAAAUGAUAUCUUCGGUACUUGAACAAAAUCUAUAUGCGGUAACAGUUUUCACGCUGUAGAGUCGUAUCAUGAAAUAAACUCAAUCUGUUGUCGAUAUUUAAAUCAAGAACCACAACUUUGCAUAGCUAAAAUUGAAUCCCCGUUUUCCAAUAUGAUUAUUUAAUAGUGCCGCAAGCUGCGUCAUUUAAAUGUAUUAUUCCGGUAUUUGCGAAAUGAUAUUUCCCAAAAUUUGUACUGUUUAAGUGACAUUUUAUAAUGAAAUAUUUCCUGCGAUCAACUAAUUUUACCUACAUUUUCAUUGAAUGACCUUGCUUAACCUUAUUUUUAAU